GAGAAAAGCAAGAGAACGGAGACGAGCGAUUUUGGAAGCCCCGGGUUCUCCUGGGUAGACAGUGAAGCAACGGCCACUUCCGCCGCGAAGAGGCCUCGCCAGCAGUAAAAAUGGCGGAGUCGGUACUAGAAGUUGUGGGGAAGCUGCAAUCGAGGCUUUCGGGCAGUUCGGAGCCCAAGAAGCUGCUAAAAAGCUUGAGGAGACUGUCUGAACUGCCCAUAACGGUUGAUAUCCUUCUGGAGACUGGAGUUGGGAAGACUGUGAAUGGUUUACGGAAACAUGAACUGGUUGGAGACUUUGCCAAGGAUCUGGUGGCGAGGUGGAAGAAGCUGGUGCCUGUCGCCCAGGAAGCAGACAGGAAUAACCUUGAACCUGAAGAACGCAACUACGACCGGAGCAGCUCUAGGAAACGGCAGCGGGACCCAUCCCCCAAAGAAGAGGAAGAGCUCGAGCAGGACUAUCCAGAAGCCUACCAGCCUUCCUGCAGCCAGUCAUAUGAGCCAGACUGUGGGACAAAGAAGCCCAAAAGGUACUCCAAGCUAGAGAGACCCCAACUGACUGUGACCUGUGGCACACCAGAGGGCAGGACGUGGGGCAGAGAGUCUCCCCUGCUCUCCUCGGAUCAGGAGUGCUCUGACUACGGCCACCCAGUUUCACCCACGCUGAGCGAGAGCCCUCAGGAAUUAUCCCCAGACCUCUGCAUAGUUGAGGAGCGGGAGCCGAAGGGCCUUCACCGGAAGGCUAACAAGGACAGGCCAGAGGGGGGUCACAGUCGGGCCCUCGGGGAGCCCCAGGACAAAGCCAGCUUGAGCUGGGGCAGAGAGCAUAAAUCUUCCAACAAGGAAAAGCAGAGGCCAGAGGCCAAGGCAGAGGAGAGGGUCCUGGCGUUUAGUACGGAGCGGCUUCACAAGGGUUCUUCCAAAGAGCCGCUCCGAGACGCUUCUUUGGCCGGCUGCAGCAAGGAGAGGCUGAAGGCUGUGAACAGCACCAAGCCAGAGAAGAAGAGAGAAGGCGGAAGCUCAAAGAAAGAGAAAUCGCUGCACGGUGACUUUGAGGAGGCUCUGGGCAACCACGUCAAGAAGCAGAAGCUCCUGGAGCCUGAGCCAGUCAAACCCAAGAAAGCCAAGCAGAGUUCGGAGGCCUCGCACGGCGAUCGGGAGAAGCGGAAACCAGAGAAGGAUUCCUCCAAUAAGAAUAAAGAGAAAAUGGCUUCUGGCGGCGUAAAAACCACAGAGGGCAAAUCCAAAUCAUCUGAUUCGAACAAGAAAAGAGCCAGCUUCUCCCUCUCCGAUUUUGGGGAAGGGGAAGGGGAAGAUGAGUUUGAGAAGCCGACAAUGUCCUUUGAGAAUUACCUGAUGUAUGACCAGCCUCAGCAGCACAAGAAGAAAAAGAAGAAGAUGCCAGUCAAGCCCCCGGUAUCUGCCCCUGUCAAGGACCGAGAGCACGGCAAGCAGAACGGGUCCAAGUCUAGCGCCAAGAGCUCCGACUCCAGCCGAAAAUCCCACAAGCAGGUGGGCGAGAAGAAGCAGUCAGAGGCAUCCAAACCAACAAAGAUCCCCAUUGAUGUGGUGCCAACACUCCCUGACAUACCCUUGCCCCCGAUCCAGAGUUCCUACCGCCCUCUUCCUUCACUGGAUUCGCUCCCCCUCAGCCAGCCAAAAAAGAAAGCAUUGUCCUCCCCCACAGAGGAGGAUGAAGCAGGUUUCACAGGACGCAGGCUGAAUUCUAAGAUGCAGGUGUAUUCAGGAUCCAAGAGCGCCUACCUCCCAAAGAUGAUGUCUCUGUAUGAACAGUGCAUCCGAGUCCUCAGCAAUAAUAUCGACUCAAUUUAUGAAGUGGGUGGAGUUCCUUUUGCUGUCCUGGAACCCGUCUUGGAGCGAUGCACCCCAGAGCAGUUAUGCCGCAUAGAGGAGUGUAAUCAUUUUUUAAUUGAGGACACCAAUGAGUUGUGGCACAAUCACUGCAUCCGUGAUUUCAAGAAGGAGAAGCCAGAGGAGUUUGAGUCAUGGCGGGAGAUGUACCUGCGCCUACACGAUGCCCGAGAGCAACGGCUGCUCAUGCUGACCCAGAACAUCCGCUCGGCUCAAGCCAAUAAGCCCAAAGGCAGAGUAGCUAAGAUGGCAUUUGUCAAUUCUGCUGCUAAGCCCCCCCGGGACGUGCGGAGAAGACAGGAGAAAUUUGGCACUGGAGGAGCAGUCGUCCCAGAGAAGAUCAAGAUAAAGCCAGUUCUCUUCUCCCCGGGAAAAAGCAGCAGUGUUCAAGUGGAAGAGGAACAGGCCUAUGAAGGGCCCAGCACAAGCAGCGGUCACUUGGGUCCAUCUGCAGGCAGCACUUCCUCCGUUAGCUAUGACCCUCGGAGGCCCCCCGUGAAGAAAAUUGCACCCAUGAUGGCAAAGACUAUUAAAGCGUUCAAAAACAGAUUCUCUCGAAGAUAAAAGGUACCCAUGAGCAAGGGAGAAGAAGAGAGCUCUUCUCUUCAGAAGCAGAAUUUUGUGGGCAAACAGGAGGGGGGGGCAAGACUACCCCAACCCCAGUGGAAGACCAACAGCACAGUAUUGUUUGAAGCAGCCCUCCGGUCCCAUCCUCUGCUCCUGUUGCCUGGGAUCUGCAAAUGUGAAAUCUGGAUGUGUGUGGAAACGAGCAAGUCCACAGACAGCGGUUUGGCCUUUAAUCUCUCUUUCUCCCCCUCCCUGCCUGAAUGAUGGAAUGGUGAGGAAUACCUCCCCCCCCCCCACCUACAGUGUUCUCCUCAACCCCAAUUUAAGGGUCCAGAGCUCUUGUGCCUCGGAAGCUCUUCUCUUGAAGAAAAGCCUUUACUCCAAAUCUGCCUGUUGUUUUUCAAGCCCCACCUUGCAAUCCCUAGAUCCUGCCAAAGGGUUUUCCAGCAUUUUAUCAGGCCAUUUCCGGAACCUCCCUUUCAUGAUUCCUUCUCCCUUUAAAUCCCACGUUUCAAAACAUUCUUCUGUUGAAACCCUCGUGCAGAUUGGGAGCAGUAGGCUUUAUCUAGCUGCUGGGGAUGUCUCUCCAUUCUGUGUUUUGCUCAUUUGAAAACAAUGUGUUUUUGUGUGAUGGUUGGGAGCCCUCCCACCCUCCUUUUUAAAUGUCAUAGGGGGGAAAAACAGCACCUGAAUCUUUUGAGGGGAAGAAAAAAAUAUGCACAAAUCUAAAUUUUCAGUACUCGGCUGUUGUUUUUUAAUGGAUCAUGACAUUUGGAAGCCAAAUUUGUUUUUAAAAUGAAUAGUGAAGGCAUUAGUGUUUAGGUUUGGGGGGAGGGGUUGUGUCUGUGUGUGUUCAUUUUGUGUUUUUUAUAACUUUGAAGAUUUUAGAUUUGUCGUUUCUCCCCUCCUUCCUGGAUUUUGGUCAAAGGAUGUUUGUUUUUAUGCAGCUGCUUCAGGUUCACUAAAUCCCUUGUAAAAUACUUCAAGGGAGUCAUACAGUCACUUUAGAAUUUUAGUUUGUCAUGUCUGGUCACUUGAUGGGAAAAAGACAUCUCCUCCCCCGCCCCACCCCCAGUGAAAUCGCUCUUACUCAGGAAUCCUGGAUGCCAGAUGUUGAAAGAAGCAGCAGGCAAACUGUAGUUUUCUGUCUCUCUGGACCAUCUGCCCCUGGAUUAGGUGCAGUAUAACAUUUUCAUCACAAGAGACCCAAGAGUGCUGGGAGUUGCCUCUGGUCUCACCCAUCUGUGGAGAGCUUGAGGAAAAUGUGUUGCUUGGCUACUUCUUUAAAAUUCUGGAGGAGGGGACGCUGGGUUAUAAAAACACUAUUUAUCACGAUAGUGAUGGGUGUAGAGAGGUGUGUCUUGGGAAGCAUGACUGUGUUUCCUGGUGCCAAGGCUGAAGGAAUUUAGGAAGACUUAUGAAGGAGAGACUGAUUCAUAGAGAGGGGGGGAAAUCUUCUGUGAUUUUCCAGUCCUGUAGCAUUGAAUUUUGCAAGAAUGCUCCACAUCUAUACUAGGAGGCAGUUGGUGUUCAUGAAAUAGAAGACCCUCCUCCUCCUUUCCACUGAUAGUCCCUCAACAUUUGGGACAGAAUGGGACCUUUUUCUUUCUUUCCUUCCCCCCCCCCCCCCCGUGACUCACGUGCCAUGCAAGGUAGGAAAAGUCCUCUUGAUGUCUCUUUGUCCAAUGCUACUCCAACUCCUUUUUCUAUCAGUUUUUAAUAAAGGUGUUUGAAAAUGGGUCUCUCGGGGGUCUGCUCCAAGCUGAUCGAAGGCCCCAGAAAGCUUUAAAUGACAUCGUGUAGCAUUUCAAAGCAUGUCGUGCUGUUUUUAAAAAGAAAGAAAUUGUGCUCCUUUCUUGCUUUUGCUGUAUUUAAUUUUGCUGUAUUUAGUUAAUUAUAUUAUCUGCCUCCUGUCGUGCUUUUUAAUGUGUGUGGGUGUUUUUUCUCCUUUUUAUAAUUGGGAUAGGGAAAGGGAAAUAGAAAGGUUCAGAAACCAAUGGGUUGGCCAGGGAGGAAAGAGUAUUUGGAUGCAUCCAUAGGAUUCCCAGGUUGUGUUAAAUUUGGAUACCUAAGGUCUGACCCUAGUAGACACCCCUCCUCCCUGCCCAUUAAAUUGCAAGUAGAAAGCUGUCAGGUCUCUCAAACCUUUGCAGCCCCAGCUGAGGGAUUGCAGACCUGAAAUGGCAACUAGUACUACCUGACUGAAGCCUCUUCAACCUGGCUCUUGGAAUGUCAUCAUUCCACACAAGGGCCAGGUGGGGCGGGUCAAAGGUUUCUAUAGUUCCACCCCUUCACAGUGCAUAUUGUAGCUGCUGCUAGGCUAGAAGGACAGGAUCUCAAGUUUCCUUGACUCAGCAAUGGAGAUCAAGGGGCAGGCUGGGCUUAUUCCACCAGGUUGCCCUCCCCCAGUGUCUGAGUGUUGCUAGUGCCACGUUUCUGGUCUGAGGUCAAUAUUUGGGUAUUGUCUAGCGGAAUGUGCAGCCUUGCCAUUAUCAAUACCAUUAGGUCUAUUUCUCCGCUGAAACUGGAUCUUGAUAUCUGAAAAUUCAGCCACCUGUCAGUAUUUUGGACUAGUUUGGUGGUGGAUUUUUUGCUGAGGGAAGUUUGCAGUGCAAAUAUUAUGACUUCUAACUGUUAUAAUGGAAAACAUUUUCUCAAUGGAUAAAGCAGGCCCUCUGCAGAGGCAGGAGAAGGGGCUGUUGUGCCCCUCACUACUUGGGAAGGUGAGAUCUUCCUCUCUCAAAGCCAGAUUCUAAAUUAAUUGGUUUGAAAGAAUUAUGAACCUCCUUUUAAGGGGUAGACGGUGCCCAAGUGGGAUCCAUUAGGGAGUGAAACCACUCCACUGCUGAUUCUCCUUUGGGUGUGCAGAACAUUUUAAAAUAAGUACUGUUUUCACUGCUACACUACAAAAAAACAGUCAAUUUUUUUUGGUGUACUAUGAGGAAAAGGUAAUGCCGAACUACAGCUGUAUUUUGGUCCCUGACUGUAAAUAACAAUUUUCUAUGUUACUUUUUUGUGGUAACUAUGGAGAUGAAUAUUUUAACUAGAUAAGUUAUAUGAAAGGAAGAAAGCUGUGUCUCAAUAAAAGCCAAACACUGGA